CAAGCCUCUGCAGUUAGAUAUCACUUACGAAACGUGCAAAUAAUCACUCACCAGCAAGUUUUUCAGUACCUUGGUUAACGGGUCAACGCACAUCAAUAAUGAUUUCAAAAUAGACUCAUCGUCAUGUGAUUAACACGAGCUGUUUGGGGGUGACUAAGCGUUCCUGAUUUCUUUGUUGAUUUUCCUUGUUCGCGGUUCUCUGUGGCGUUGUUACUUCGCUGGAUCGCUCCUGAAUCUUUCCAAACAGGCUAAGGACAAACAAAAGGUGACACAACCUGAAAAUGGCCGCUGUUGCAAUAGAAUUUACAGAAGAGCAAUUGAACUACUACAAGAUUUGUUACGUUGUCACUGAUAUAAUAACUGAGGGUCUCCGAUCAAUUUUCAAGCAAGAAUGGGACAGUCGCUAUAAGACAACGUUAGGAGAAUGGAAAGAUGAGCCUGGGAAUGGAUUGGAAUUCAACAACGGGGAGUCUCCCGGAAACCAGAGAAGAAAUGCCAAACUCCUAGCUACCAUGAUUAACGGAGACAGAGCAGAAUGGGAUUGCACCAUGCUUUUUUACGCCAUUCUUUACUCCGAUUCUAUCGGCCGCGGUAUCAAUCCAGUGGUCAAAUCAAAUAUAGAUGAUCUCAGAAAGUUUCGGAAUGCUGACUUUGCGCACAUGCCAAAAGGUCACCUCGCGUAUCCGGAGUUUCAAAUCGCCAUUGCUAAAGUUCAUGCUGCAUUUCAAGGGCUCGGUCUCUCUACCUGGCAAAUUCAAGACAUCCAAAAGCAGAAAACGUUUCCAACAGAGGAGUUAAGAGGGGUCUUGGAAAAGGUUGAUGACCUGAGACAGGAACUUCAAGAAAAGGAGAAGAAGCUGCAAGAAAAAGAAGAAGAACGACAGGUCCUUGAGAAUCAGUUACACAACGAAAUUUCCUCCUUUUGUAUUCUUCCUCCCAAACCUUCACACGACGUCGCAUCUCGCGAUUUUGAGGUGGCUGAAAUAACUCAACAGCUCAAGCAGCUCAAAAGCACUAACGAAAGCAAAUUAAGUUUUCUGUACAUCUCAGGGAAUCCUGGAAGUGGAAAAUCUCAGUUGGCCGGCCUUGUAGCAGAGCGGUUCUUCAAAGAAGGUAAAGAAAUUCCUUGCGCUACUUCAUUUGUAAUGACACCGAAUGCUGAAAGCCAAGAUACACUUCUGGAAUCGUACGUGUCUUUCGCCCGGCGCCUUAAAUGUCCAGAAUUUGUCGUUACAAAUACCCUUAACUGCAAGGACUUGACGACGGGAGAGAAGAUCACUAAUCUGAAGACGUUAAUUAGCACAAAAAUCGAGCUUUAUACCUCGUGGCUACUGGUGGUGGACAACGUUACUAGCAUAUCAUGUGUGCAUGUUCAUUUACCGGAGUCUGGAAAUGAGCAGUGGGCAAAUGGUCAGUUAUUAAUCACAACACAGGACACUCCGUCCAUCCCUUUGCCAAGUUCUUUCAUUAAGCACAUCUCAGUCAGUAAAGGUAUGAAGCCUCACGAUGCCAGUUGUUUGUUGGCAGAGCUUUCAUGUAUGGAUGACAGCGAGAUGGAAAAAGAAGUUGCGCAGGCACUGGACAACCAGCCUCUUGCCUUGGCAAGCGCCGCCACCUAUGUCAGACAGGUGCGUCAAAACAAGGCAACGUCACAUUUUGGUUGGAGCGACUACCUAGAGAAGCUUAGCAAGGGCCAACGAGGUAGCACUGAGACAAUCCUUGCUGAAACUAAUCCAAGCUACCAAGAAUCCAUGACCACAGCAACAACACUGGCUGUUGAAAAGGCAAUGACGUGCGACAAAAUCAUACAUCACACGUUCAGUCUCCUCUCUGUGUGCGCGCCACAUCCUGUAAGUCAAGACAUCGUGAUCAAUUAUAUUCUCAACGUAGAUGAAGAAAUUAAAGAUAAAGAGAUGAUUGCUAUGACAAUCCAAAGAUGUUCACUGAUAUUAAAUGGUGAAGACGAGAGUGGUGCCUACGUUCGGGUGCAUCAGGUUGUUUAUGAUGUCAUUAACUCUUUGACUGGCGAAUUUCCGGAAAUCCAGCAACUUCAAGCUGUAGAUGCAACCGUUAGAUCAUUCAUUCAGUUCGUAGAAAGCAACCCAUCGGUGAACUGGAACGACAAAGAUUCUAUUGUUUACAGUAAGCCCGUCAUACCUCAUUUAAAAACCUUGUUUAUAAAUACCGAAAAAUUGUUUCAUGAACGAGAUACUUCUCAAGACACCCAGCGCAGUAUAAUAAAUGUUCAGCAUUAUCCAUCUUCCUUUCAAAAGCUUGGCAAAAUUUGUCAAAUGCACUGUUUAUUCGACGUUGCAAUGAACUACUUCAGCCAAGCAUUAGAAUUCGUUCACCGUAGUGAAGAGUGCAUCGACGACGAUGAAGCAAUAUGUUACGUAUUCUUAGGUAGUGUACACCACGACAUGGGUGACCUGGAGCAGGCCAAAGAGUAUCAUGAACAUGCACUUAACAUUCGUCUAAUAAAGCUCGGCCCUGACCAUCUUGAUGUGGCGAUGUGUUACAAUACCCUAGGUAGUGUUCACCACCUGGGUGACCUGAAGCAGGCCAAAGAGUAUCAUGAACGUGCACUUACCAUUUAUCUGAAAAAUCUCGGCCCUGACCAUCUUGAUGUGGCAAUGUGUUCCAAUAAUCUGGGCAGUGUUCACCACCACCUGGGUGACCUGGAGCAGGCCAAAGAGUAUCAUGAACGUGCACUUACCAUUUAUCUGAAAAUGCUCGAUCCUGACCAUCCUGAUGUGGCAACAUGUUACAAUGACCUUGGUACCGUUCACUGCGACCUGGGUGACCUGGAGCAGGCCAAAGAGUAUCAUGAACGUGCACUCACCAUAUGUCUGAGAAAGCUUGGCCCUGAAGAUCUUGAUGCGGCAAGGUGUUACAAUAACCUUGGUACUGUUCACCGCGACCUGGGUGACCUUGACCAGGCUAAAAAGUAUUGUGAACGUGCCCUUACCAUUUAUCUGAAAAAGCUCGGCCCUGACCAUCUUAAUGUGGCAAUGUGUUACAAUAACCUUGGUACUGUUCACCGCGACCUGGAUGACCUGGAGCAGGCCAAAAAGUAUCAUGAACGUGCAGUUACCAUUGGUGUGAAAAAGCUCGGCCCUGACCAUCUUAAUGUGGCAAUGUAUUACAAUAACCUUGGAACUGUUCACCACGACCUGGGUGACCUGGAGCACGCCAAAAAGUAUCAUGAACGUGCAGUUACCAUUGGUGUGAAAAAGCUCGGCCCUGACCAUCUUAAGAUGGCAACGUAUUACAAUAACGUUGGUACUGUUCACAUCGACCUAGGUCUCCUGGAGAAGGCGAAAGAGUAUCUUGAACGUGCACUUAUCAUUCAUCUGAAAAAGCUCGGCCCGGACCAUCCUGAUGUGGCAACGUGUUACAACAACCUUGGUACUGUUCACCAAGACCUGGGUGACUUGGAGCAGGCCAAAGAGUAUCAUCAACGUGCACUUACCAUUCGUCUGAAAAAGCUCGGCCCUGACCAUCUUGAUGUAUUAGCUGUUCAGCAAACGUUAACUCAGCUUCAACAGAUGAUGGACCUUAUAUCAGGAAAGAAGCAUGUACGUUGUUGCACGAUACUUUGAAUACACUGGAUCUCGCUAGGUUAAGGUCAGAUCAUGUCUGGUAAAGUUCUUGUCUACAUUUUCUUUAAAUGGCUCGAUAAAUUACAUAGGCGUUCGAGCUCCGGGGAGGGGGGAGGGGGGCAAGAGAGGCGCUGGAGCCCCCCAGCUACGAAAAUUACGUACUUUUUCGGGUAAUACGCUCAUGACUCGGGCAGCGACACUUGAGAGAAAACAUUACAAAAUAAUGCUGUUGAUGUGAUUUCCAAAACCUGUAAAAAGAGGUUCGUAAUUUUUAUGUCAGUCUCUCUGUGUUAUUAGAUGCCCGACUGGGGGUCUGUAGGCCGUCGAGUGGUUUCUUAAAAGAGUUGGUACCUAAAGUAGUACCGUGUAAAGUGUAUCAUUUGUAUCUGCUCCUGAUCUGAAGUGUCGUUGGGCACCGAAGACGCCAUGGUAAUCAGUCGGGACAACGGCCUUUCCUUUCCUUUCCGGCCUUUCCUUUUAGGUUUCAAGGCUUGUAAGCUACUUUCUCUGACAUUUGCCUUGCAAAAAGGGCUUAUACUGAAAUGAUAUGAGUGAACUGGGGUUUUCUGUUAGCUACAAGUCGUUUAAAUGUGUAUCGCCAAUUUUUCAUCACCAAAACAAGGACACGAAUCAAAGCGAAAGAAGACCAAAUCAUUGUUAUGUCUUUACAAUGGGGUGUUACAAUUUUUUUCUUGAAUUUUUCUUUGGAGAUGUUUCUUUAGUACGUCCAUGUUGUUUACCAUCUUAUUUACGUAGCUUUUGAAUUCAUAGAGGGCUUGCAGUGUACGCUGCAAGUCUGCUGUGGCCGAAACAAGACGACUUCUGGUAAAGCCUCGUAUUGUUCUUUGAACGUCUUUAGUAUGUCGGUAGGCUUUUGUACAUUAUGCGAGCAUGUUUUCGAGCAUUUUAGUGAAGCAAAAGCAUUAAGUAUUAUUCGAGCAUUUUAAUGGCAUUUUCCCCAGAAAAUUAUUUUUUCAACGUACAGAAAAUAGAAGUAAAAAUUACUUUUUACGAGAAAAUGAACUGAGACUUGAGAUUGAAAAAGUUCAACUGCCACCCUACUACAACCGAGUAAGGAAAUCAAAUUAAAAGAUCAUUAUUAAAACUACUAUACACGUUGAGUUAUACUACCUAUACGUUUUUUUAAGCACCCAGAGCUGUUAAUUGUGUUAAAACACAAAAAUUAUUAAAAUUUGAAAAUCCUAUGUAUGAGCAUUAACCGAGCAUUUUAGUGACCUUUUGGGGGAAGACCGUACAUUUUAGUGGGAAAAAUGGAGCGUUAAGGUGGAGCAUUCUAGUGGGGAAAUAAAAGCAUAAUGUACAAAAGCCUAUAUGUCAAGACGCUCGUCUCGAAUAUAGGAUAGCUCCUGUAACGGUCGUCCAAACGGCCCAUGGACCCGUUUCUCGAAAGCCCCGGAAACUUUUCGGACCCGCAAAGCCAUUUUUAGUUAAUCGGUAUUUAAAG